AUGAUUAAAAACAUAUUCAGUGAAUACCUCAAGUCCUGUGACUAUGGACAAACGGGACAUCAAUCAAUCAGCAAGACGAGCAGGGAUUAUUCGAAAGAUUAUACUACCGAUUGGAGAUGGUUCAGCAUAAAAUGUGAACGGACAAUUGAAAAUGAACUUAAUAAAAAAGGCAAUCUAGAGGAUCAGAAAAAGACGUAUAAAAACAUUCUCAAAGAAAGUGAAAAUCUAUACACCUUCAGAUCUUUCUUCCCCAAAAUUUUGUUAAAUGUUUAUAGUCGAUGUCAAGAUCCAAAUAGAUUCUUCUCAAAACUUGUCAUUCAGAAGUUCGAUGCGGUUGUGUUUUUCUGUGACGCAAGUGGGUUCUCAAACCUAGCCGAACAGCUAGACAAGCGAAUCAACGGAACAGAACUUCUUGGGAAUUGCCUAAACAAGUUUUUUAACAUCCUCAUUAAGAUUAUCGAUUUCUGGGGAGGAGACAUCAUAAAGUUCAGUGGGGAUGCUGUGCUUGUCAUUUGGCCUUUGAGGAGAACCUCUAAAAAGGGACUUCCAAAGAUGCCAGCAUCGAAUGCAUAUGGAGAAGAUGUAGAAUCGGGAGGCGAUGCAAAACCGGGAGGCGAUGCAAAACCGGGAGGCGAUGCAAAACCGGGAGACGAUGUAGAACAGGGAGACGAUGUAGAAUCGGGAGACGAUGCACCACCUGGAGAUGAUACAGCACUAGGGGGAGGAGAACCCGACGAGGUGCUGACUCCAAGUCAGAACUCAGACUAUUAUCCUUCUGAAAGUGCAUACUCUAUGGGGUACGAAACGGAAGAAAACCAAAAAAAUUCAAAAACGAAUUCAAAAAAAGAUUCAAAAAUGGGUUCAAAAAAAGGUUCAAAAAGGGGUUCAAAAAGGGGUUCAAAAAAAAGACCACUCAGAAACCAGAAAAUAGAAGAUGUGAAAAAAAUAUGUCUGCUAGCUUUGGGAUGCUGCGUAGACAUACAUAAACUCCUCAACAAAUUCCCAACACCGAUAGAGAAUAGAUUUUUAAAAGUGCACAUUGCUAUUACCUAUGGAAAAGUUAGCUUUCUUCAACUGGGGAAUGUACUUAACAAGAGAGAUUAUCUACUGUCAGGAAAACCUCUGGAAGAAAUAGGUAUAGGAGAAUCACUAGCUAAGAAUGGAGAAAGUGUUAUAUCUUACAAAUUCUACAACAAAGUAAAAGAUAAGAUUAUAGUACAAGAGAUACCAAGGAAGAAGUUUUAUUUGUUCAUUAAACUGAAGAAUGAAAUAGAUAUGAUGAAAUUGAAAAGAGAGUACCAAAAGGAGGAAGAGGCAGCGUGCAUACCAAUUGAUGGGAGAAGUGAGCAGCAAAACGGGAGAAGUGAACAGCAAAACGGGAGAAGUGAACUGCAAAGCAGGAGAAGUGAACUGCAAAGCAGGAGAAAUGAACUACAAAACAGAUGCGGAUCGCUGAACGAGGCAAAUUUGAGGCUUGAACAUUUUUACUUCCUUCUAAAAAGCUUUGUUCCAGAUAUUGUAUACAGAAAAAUGUCAAUAGGGUGUAACAUAUUUUUUAAUGAAAUAAGAAAAGUCACCAUAAUAUUCGUUUCUGUAAAAGACAUCGAUACAUCUACAAUGAUAGGUAUAUAUUCAGCUCAUGGAAUAAUGAAGUUAACACAAAAAGCUGUGUUUACCAUGGAAGGUACAAUAAAUAAAUUCAUAUUUGAUGAUAAAGGGAUAUUAAUUCUUAUUAUGUUUGGAUUACCACCCUUGUUCCACUGUGAUGAUUCUGUAAGGGCACUUUUAACUUGCUUUCGGCUUAUAGAUGCAUUGAAAUCUCUAAAAUUAAAUGGUAGUAUAGGAAUUUCCACCGGUAGAAUUUGGUGUGGAAUAAUUGGAAAUAAAAUCAGAAAGGAAUACACAGCCCUUGGGGAUGCGGUCAAUGUUGCUGCUAGACUCUGCUGUAAAGCUGGGAAUAAGGAAAUAUACGUAGAUGAAAACACAUUUAACAGCUGCAAGCAUUCCAUCUCAUUUCAAAAGCUUAUUUCUAUUAAGGUUAAAGGAAAAAACAAACUUAUCAAAAUAUAUUCCCCUAUAGGAACCAUUAAUAAAAGACAUACCCAGCUUUCCUACGACUAUGACACAUCGGAUGACUACUUCACUGAUAACGAGUUACAAGAGGGUGUGGAUGAAAGCGCUGCAGCCAAUGGAAGUGCUAGCCAUAACGGGAUCACUAGUACGAAUGGAAGCGCUAGUACCGCUAACACAGCUAAAACAGCUAGUACUGCUAAAACAGCUAGUAUCGCUAACACCGCUAAUACUGCUAAUACUGCUAAUACUGCUAACACCGCUAGUAUCGCUAGUAUCGCUAGUAUCGGUACACCCGACACAAAGGAGAGUUGCCCCUACGAGGAAGUCACGGAUUUCUCCUUUUUAAACAAAAAUUAUCUAAUUAGAUACUAUGAAAAAACAUUCAGAAGAAAAAUAAACCAACUUCUUGGAAGGAAGGACUGUCUCUACUACUUAAGAGAAAGUGAAGAAAUAGAUACUCCUCAUCUAAAUCAGCAAAUUUGGAGGGAAAAAAAAAAUUGGGAAACUUCCCAUCAGAUGCAUUCCCAACCUAACUCUCCUCCGUGGGAAGCCAUUUAUGGACAUUCCCUCAAUAGCAAAGUAAAAUCUGCAACAUGUGUUGAUUAUAACUCACAUACGGGCCCACUACUUCUACAUGAAUAUUAUGAUCCCUUGUAUUUAGAUUUUUCUCAAAUGUAUAACAUUGGAGGUGUCUUAUUCCUAGAGGGAAAUGAAAACAUUGGUGUAUUCGAAAUGAUUACACUAAUUUCGAAGAGAUUGAAGAAUUUCAAAAUAUUCAAAGUUAGUAAUAUGCCAGAUUCUCUAUACAUCAAUAUUACCAAUUCAUUACUUCCAUGGAAAAUGUUAUGCAAUGAUAUGCUGCACAUGUGGAAAGUCUGUAAUAUGAGAAAAGAAAAUAUAUUCAUUCGAAAAAAUGACAAUUAUAAUGUCCUCAGAGAAAUAACACACCCAUCUUAUCACUGGUUUUUCAAGUGCAUGUCUAGCAUUGUGGACGAUUUGAAUAUACCUCAUAUGAGUCUAAAAGGUGAGAAAAAAAUUUAUGCAAAUGUGUACUCUCAGACGAACAGUGUCCAGGUGAGGAACGAGAAAAGUACUAAAAAGGGAUUCUUAUUCUCCCAACAUUCACAUACAGACAAAGAUACAGAUGCUGGCACAGGCGAUCCUACCGACGAACCACAAUGUGCAGAUACCCUUUCGCGAGAACGGUACACGGGAAAAAUGAGUAGCAAUGGAAAAAACAAAAUUAAAAAAAACAAACAGCACGACAGUGUCGGGAGGGGAACCUGCAGUGGCAGAAGCAGUGGCAGAAGCAGUGACAGAAGCAGUAGCAGAAGCAGUGACAGAAGCAGUAGCAGAAGCAGUGACAGAAGCAGUGACAGAAGCAGUGACAGAAGCAGCGGCAGAAGCAGUCACAGUGAUAGCCACAUUUCUAGUGUGGACUCCUUGGAUACGAACAAAUCCAAUGAGCGAGAAAAUGGAAAGAGAAAAAAAAGAAACCACAGCAAUGGGAAAAAGGAGAAUAGGAAGAAAAAGAAGAAGAAGAAGAACAGCAACAACAAUUUGUGCAAACAAGUUUUAACCACAAUAAGCUACUUAUUCAACAGCCACACUGGGGGAAGGUGGCAUCGACGCGAGACUCAGGAUCUAGCUAGGAGUCAUAACAGAACAGAAAUAAGUGCACAAUCGGAUGGAUAUGCCAUAGGAGAGGGAACCGAGAAAGUAUUUAAAGGGACGAUUGGAGAGUUAACUGUGAAACCACUUGAAGGAUCGUCUGAUGGACGUGUUGAGGAACAGCCAAAAUUUAAAACCGAUUGGAAAGAGAAUCGAAUUGGAAUAAUAAAUUCCAUGAUUUAUUACUUCACUCUACACGAGUAUACAUUCAUUGUUUUCAACUAUAGAACCGGGACAUCAUUAAACAUAAAAAAUGAUGAAACUGCAUGGGAUGUGUGCAAAACCAUUGCAAAAUUGGCUAUGUAUAAAAGGAACAAAAUUUUGAAAAGUAUGCAAAACAGGAUAAAACACUGGAGGAGACAUCACAGCAGAGGGUGCAAUUAUUGCAAAGGAAUUUUCCACAUUCCAAAUAAUAAUCACAUACUUUCAAGUUAUCCAAAGGAUUCAUCCACUUCAGCGAAGCAUAAAGAAUGUGCUGAAGGAGACAAAUAUUCUGAAAAAAAUACGCAUGAACAUGGUACAGAUGCGAAUCUCAUCAAACGGGAGAAUUGUAUGAAGCAGGAAAAUUCUUCAAAUGGACAGUAUCAUCUCGAAUCUAAUAAUUAUUCGAGUUGGAAUAGAAGGGAAAAGCUAACUUGUGAGGAAUCAGACAAAGCAGAUUCGUCACUUAAUAAUGAAAAGGGUCUGAACAAGCAUAACCAAGACGGGGAACCCCUUCCAGAAGAAUACAAAAACGAGGGAAAAAAAGAAGGCGAAAAAAGAGAGCGUUUUAUGAACAAUUCAGGAAAUAAAUGGGAUGACAUUAACAUAGCUCAGUUAUUUCGGGAGGAAAAAUCCAAACAAUCAUACAAAACCAAGCAGAAAUUAUUUAAAACCUUGUAUCCAAAUAUAAAUGACAGCAUAUUAUUGUACAUGGCUCAACAAAAGAUGAAAGGACAAUUAGAAGGAAACACAAAGGAUGAUGAACUAGCCACAUGUGAAAACAGCGAAUUAAGUUAUAACACAAAUAAUAGUCAAAUUAGAGAAAAUAAUCUUCUCAGUAAUAAAAAAACUCAUUCCAUGCAGUGUAAGAAAUCACCACUUUGUAACCCUACGUUUAUUGGAAAACAAAAACCACUAAUUUUUCUAUUUGUGAAUGGAGUGAAAAAUAAAACUAAUGAAUCUAGAGAUAUCAAAAAAAUAAAAAGAUAUGCACAGCAAUGUAAUGGGUGUAUAAAACUUGAACAUUUAAAUAAAGAACAAUUAUAUGAAUUUGUCACAUUAUGCUUAAGGGUUAAAAAAGAAGAAUUGAAUAAUGAAUUAAUUGAUUACUUAAAUAAGACAUGUUUCGGGAUUCCAAAAUUUGUUCAGUAUACUUUAUUUUAUCUACUAAAAAAUAAGUAUAUGAAAAUGUAUAAAUAUCCAUAUGAACCUGAAUCGAUUAAAUCAAUUCAUAAAAAACAGGAUUCAUACCAUGCCUCAAAUUUUACAAGUACCAAAAUGGAACAGAAUUCACAAAAAAUAAAAAAACGAUCUUCCUCCAACGCUUCCUUCUCAUCCAAUCACUUGAUCACCACACAGAUUCGUGAAGCGGUCUCCCCCUCACCUUCUCAUGUCAACCUCAAUGGUGGAAGUGGUGGCAGUGGUGACAGUGCUAGCAGCGAUGGUCAUAUUCAUACAAGUGGCUGUAGUUGUAGUACCACGUACACAGGAUCGACUAAUGAACAGAAUUCCACUUCAUAUACAUACAUCAACGACAUAACAAAGCAAAUAAUUACACAGCAGAAAGGACUUUUGCAUUUUCAGUUUUCCAAUGAAUAUGAGAGUGAACAACAAGGGAGGAACAGCAAUCAUGAUGAGCCCCCAAAUUUUAACAAAAUUGCCUCUUUCACCAGUUCUCAUUCAGACCAGAAAGAUGCAAUGAUAAAAAAUGGCCAGAAACGGUUCAGAUACGGGAUAAAAAUAGAGCGCGACUUAAACUCGGCUCCCCUGGUACCUCGAUUGACUGCCCAUUGUAUGUCACUCAUCGACAGCCUCAACCAAGAGGAACUGCUGCUGGCAAAGUUAUGCUCCUUCUUCAAGCAAAAUUUUAACAUAAAAAAAAUGGAGUGUAUAUACCCGAGAUAUAUUUCUCGAUCCGAGUUGAAGAAAAUCACUAAAGAAUUGCUCAAGAAGGAUGUGUUCCUUGUGUGUGAGGAGAACAAAACGGAUCAAGUUCCAAAAGAUAAUAUAAAUUCCAUUCACAACAUCAAUUUUGUGUAUAGACACAUAUAUAACCAAAUUAGUGAUGUCAAUGAGAGGAGGUACAAACAUAGUUCUGUAUUCAGCAAAAAUUCAGCGGUGCCAGAUGACUCGAUAUUUUUUUGUAUAAAGAAUUUUUCGCUCAAAAAGGUGCUGAAUGACUUGCUCGAGAGUGAAGAAAAGCAAUACAUCAAAAAAAUUUACAAAAAAUAUAUAGACGAGUAG